UGAUUUUGAUUCAUAACAAACCAUUGUUUUUAUAGCUUUUUUAGUAUUGAAUUUACAUUUGAUAUCAAAAUAACACUUUUGAUGACAAUUUAAAUGAUUAUUAACACAAUUAUUAUGUUAUUUAUUAUUAAAUGACAUAAAGUUAUGCUUUAUAUUGUUUGUGAACUCAUUUAAUGGUUAUUAUUAGUCGGUAAAGAUGUCGAAGAAUGAUAUCAAAGAAAUGAAAUGUCUUAAUUCGGACCAAACAAAAAUCAGUUCACCGAAUGUCCGCAAAGUAUUCAUUCAAAGAGAUUAUGGCGAAGGAACUGAUGUCAGGUUUCAGAAGAAAUUUCCGCAAGAAUUAGAGGAAUACAUUGAUAGACAAUCGUUUGAAUACCUGAUCGACACAUUGAACAGCAUUUAUGCCGACGCGGAGACAAUGAGUGGCCGCAUAUGUCUUGAGAGUUGUUUUGCCUGUUUUACCGCUUAUUUAACGUACAUUUGUUGCGAUACUUAUUACGAUAAGUGUUUGCGAAAGAUCUCAGCGUUUAUUGCCGAACAAAACGAUACGGUUUGGAAACCAAGAAAUCUUUACGUAACCGAUCCCAUCGAAAGAGGUCUUAGAGUGAUAGAGAUUGCUAUUAUUGAACCAAACGGUGAACAGAUGCACACAAACACCGGAAACACUAACUAUAAUUCAGUGACUAAUAACAGAAACCCAUAAAUCGCUUCUAAUUUAUACUAAUUUUAAAUUUUUUUUAAAUAUUUGAUUUUUUGUUAAUUUCUCAUUUAAAGUCAAACAACUCU